ACCGGUGAUCAGAUAGAGGCCAGAGAAGAAAGGAUAGGCGUUCCUUCCUUUUCUCUGUUCCAUUUUCUCCUUCCGGAGACGACUCCUCUGUUGGAACAUAUGCUCUAGCGACUAGCGGCAGCCAUGGCAAUAACCUACUCCACUGCGCGCGUUAGCUCUAGUCCUUUAAAUUAUUCAGCUUUCCCUUGUCUUAAUCGUCCUCUCUUCGCAAAACCAAGGAAGAAGUUAGUUGGAUUGAAGUGCGCAUUGUCCACCCCAAAAUGGAAGAGCAGCAGGCGAUUGGUCUCCAUAUCUCUCCUCUUCUCGCGUCUCUUCCUCGUCCCUAACCAUGCAACUGCAGGUAGCUUUUUGGAUAAGUAUGUGAAAAAGAAAAAGCUUGAUCCACUUGAGGCUUAUGUUCCUGCUGUCAUAUUGACCCAGUUUCAGAUUAAGGACUUGGAGAAAACUUUGGAGGUUGAUCAACCCCAGUUUGCUAACUGUCGAUAUCUGUUACGCUCUGGUCCUGCAGCGUCUCUUCGUAUAAAUAUUCGUGCAGUAGCGCAAUAUGCCUCAGAUGCUGGAAGUGGCAACACUGCUUUCAAUGAUGUUGAUCAAUGUCUCAGAGCCUUGGAAGAACUGGAUUCCUUGCUUCUCCUUGCAUCAAGAAAUGAUCCAGCAGCUUCAGUCAAAUCAAUGAAGGCAAAAAUAGGCGUUGCCCUUGAUGCCCUAGACAGCCUCCUCCAUACUGUCCCUCCUGAUGUCUUUGAUAAAGGGAAGGCUAUUGCAGAUGCCUACAGAAGCUCAGAAGAACCAGAACCAGAACCCGAAAGCUUAGAACCAGAACUGAAAAAGCUGGAAUCACUGUUAUGAUAUUGUCUAUUAUACUAUAUGAUCGUAGCCAGAAACUAUGGCUGUAUCUUCUUGUCUGGUUCAUUUUCUUUAGCAGGAAAAUGAUGUACGUGAGAGUUUACACCAAAGCUUGAAGGCAUUUAUAUGAUCUGUUCUGAAUAAUAGGAUCACUGGUUAAGCAUGCUAAAAAACAUUGCAAUACAGAGCAGAAAUCAAAUUAGAGAGGUUGGGCGCCA